GCUCGCGGCCCGGCUCUGUCUCGGGAGCGUGCUCUGUGUGGCCGCCGCCGCCAUGUUGUUGUGGUUGUGAGAAGGCGGCGGCAGCGGCGGUGGCAGAGGAGCAGCCGGUCGAGACGCUCUAGCGGCCCAGGCCCUGCCCCCCGCCGGCCCUGGCUGGGAGCCUUGUGGGGUGGCGGAGGAGGCCGUGCCGUGACGGGCCUCGCCAUGUCCUGCCGCCCGAUUUUCUUGUGAAACGUUCCAGUAGAAAAAGUUCUUGGGACAAACUUCAUUUGAUCCAGGCAUAAAGGAAAGAAACGCCUUGCCAAGAUACGGAAGAAAGGACGGGGAUCUCUCCUCCUAAUCUGGGCCUCCUGUCAUGGAUGAAGAGACUCGGCACAGCCUUGAGUGCAUCCAGGCCAAUCAGAUCUUUCCCAGGAAGCAGCUGAUCCGGGAGGAUGAGAAUCUUCAGGUUCCUUUCCUUGAACUUCAUGGAGAAAGCACAGAGUAUGUGGGCCGUGCUGAGGAUGCCAUCAUUGCCCUUUCUAAUUACAGACUUCACAUCAAGUUCAAGGAGUCUCUGGUUAACGUUCCAUUACAGCUUAUAGAAAGUGUUGAAUGCCGAGAUAUAUUUCAGCUUCAUUUGACUUGCAAAGACUGCAAAAUUAUCAGGUGUCAGUUCUCAACCUUUGAGCAGUGUCAAGAGUGGCUGAAAAGACUGAACAAUGCAGUCCGACCGCCUGCUAAAAUAGAAGAUCUCUUCUCAUUUGCAUACCAUGCUUGGUGCAUGGAGGUCUACGCCAGUGAAAAAGAGCAACAUGGAGACCUGUGCAGGCCAGGGGAGCACGUAACAUCAAGGUUUAAAAACGAAGUGGAGCGGAUGGGUUUUGAUAUGAACAACGCCUGGAGGAUUUCCAACAUCAAUGAAAAGUACAAGCUGUGUGGUAGCUAUCCACAAGAGCUCAUAGUGCCUGCUUGGAUCACUGACAAAGAACUAGAAAGUGUCGCAAGCUUCAGGUCCUGGAAGCGCAUCCCCGCCGUUGUCUACAGGCACCAGAGCAAUGGAGCUGUCAUUGCCCGCUGUGGACAGCCGGAGGUCAGCUGGUGGGGCUGGCGAAAUGCUGAUGAUGAGCACCUGGUGCAGUCAGUAGCCAAAGCUUGUGCCUCCGACUCCCGAUCCAGUGGCAGCAAGCUGUCAACUAGGAACAGUCCCCGAGACUUCCCCAAUGCAGGAGACCUUUCUGAUGUGGAGUUUGAUUCUUCUCUGUCAAAUGCUUCAGGAGCAGAGAGUUUAGCUGUCCAACCACAGAAGCUUUUGAUCUUGGAUGCACGCUCCUAUGCAGCAGCUGUGGCGAACCGAGCCAAAGGAGGAGGCUGUGAAUGCCCAGAGUAUUACCCGAACUGUGAAGUUGUUUUUAUGGGGAUGGCAAAUAUUCAUUCAAUUCGGAGGAGUUUUCAGUCUCUGCGAUUGCUGUGCACACAGAUGCCAGAUCCGGGAAAUUGGCUCUCAGCUCUUGAAAGUACAAAAUGGCUCCAUCACCUGUCUGUGCUUCUGAAGUCAGCACUUCUGGUAGUGCAUGCUGUGGAUCGUGAUCAACGACCAGUGCUAGCACACUGCUCGGAUGGCUGGGACCGCACCCCCCAGAUUGUGGCAUUGGCUAAGCUCUUGCUGGACCCUUAUUACCGAACCAUAGAGGGUUUCCAGGUCCUCGUGGAGAUGGAGUGGCUGGAUUUUGGCCACAAGUUUGCUGACCGGUGUGGUCAUGGGGAGAACUCGGAUGAUCUGAACGAGCGUUGCCCAGUGUUUUUACAGUGGCUGGACUGUGUUCAUCAGCUUCAGAGGCAAUUUCCGUGCUCUUUUGAGUUCAAUGAAGCAUUCCUUGUGAAACUGGUGCAGCAUACCUAUUCCUGCCUGUUUGGAACAUUCCUGUGCAACAACGCCAAGGAGAGAGGGGAAAAACAUACUCAGGAACGGACGUGUUCUGUGUGGUCGCUGCUUCGGGCGGGCAACAAGGCUUUCAAAAACCUACUGUAUUCCUCUCAGUCAGAAGCCGUGCUGUACCCUGUGUGCCACGUGCGUAACCUGAUGCUGUGGAGUGCAGUGUACCUGCCCUGCCCAUCCCCGUCCACCCCUGUGGACGACAGCUGUGCACCAUACCCAGCCCCUGGCACCAGCCCUGAUGAUACACCUCUGAGUCGGCUACCAAAGACUAGAUCAUUUGACAAUCUGACCACCGCCUGCGAGAACACAGUGCCUCUAGCCAGCCGGCGCAGCAGUGACCCAAGCCUGAAUGAGAAGUGGCAGGAGCACCGUCGCUCGCUGGAACUGAGCACUCUGGCUGGUCCUGGAGAGGAGCUUCUGGAUCCUGACAGCCUGGGGAAGCCAGCCAAAGUGCUGGGUGGCGCCGAGCUGUCUGUUGCAGCUGGAGUAGCUGAGGGGCAGAUGGAGAAUAUCCUGCAAGAGGCCACCAAAGAGGAGAGUGGGGUAGAGGAGCCUGCCCACAGGGAGAUGCAGGAGGUCAAAGAGGAGGCUCUUUUAGAAGAGGGGAGCAGGGGGAAGACCCCUGAGUGCCCAGCCAUUGUGCUUCAUCAAGAGCCAGAACUGGGUGAUGCUGCUCUAAGGAGCCACCAUCCAGGCACCAGCCUUCUUGUGCUCUCACAGGGUAUUCUUGAGCAGCAGGGUGGGCACAGUAUUCUCCCCAGUUCUCUCCAGGAGCCCCCCCCGGGAGAGGAUGCCCAGGAGGUCCCUGUGGAACAGUCUCGAAUAGGAGCUAUCACACAGGACAGGGAGGAGGCAGUCCUUCCAAUCUCAGUAGAUGUGAAAGUUGGCUUUGGUACCUCACAGUCAAGUUCUCUGCCCUCCCAAGUUUCAUUUGAGACCAGAGGACCAAAUGCGGAUAGUUCCAUGGACAUGUUAGUGGAAGAUAAAGUGAAGUCAGAAAGUGGUCCCCAAGACCAUGAUAGACCUUGCUUACCUGCCAGGGUAAGCAGUGGCAGGUUCAGUGGCAAGGAGGAGCUUCCUCAAGCCAUGCAGCCCAGGCCUUCAGAGAGGAGCCUGGCUGAGAGGCCCCACCCAGUCCUGGUGUAUAGGACUUCCCCCAGCAGCACCCAGAGCCCAGUGCAUUCUCCUUGUGCCUUGCCUUUAGCUGAAUGUAAAGAGGGGCUUGUGUGCAAUGGUGCUCCAGAGACUGAAAAUAAGGCCUCAGAGCAGCUCCCAGGGCAUAGUACCCUCCAGAAGUACCCUACCCCCAAUGGGCACUGCGCCAAUGGGGAGACUGGUAGGAGCAAGGACUCACUGAGCCGCCAGCUGUCUGCCACAAGCUGCAGCUCUGCCCACUUACACUCGAGGAACUUGCAUCACAAGUGGCUGCACAGCCACUCGGGGAGGGCGUCUGCAACUGGCAGCCCUGACCAGCCUUCCCGCAGCCACCUGGACGAUGACGGCAUGCCUCUGUACACGGACACUAUCCAACAGCGCCUGCGUCAGAUUGAGUCGGGCCACCAGCAGGAAGUGGAGACCUUGAAGAAACAAGUCCAGGAGCUGAGGAGUCGCCUGGAGAGCCAGUACCUGACCAGCUCCCUACGCUUCAAUGGGGACUUUGGGGAUGAAGUGAUGAAUAAACUGAGGCUCAGAAAGGUGAAGAGCCCUAUCCAAGGUCACUCAGCUAACAUGUGGCAGAAUGAGGACUUGAACUCUAGUCUGCAUGAUUCAAAAGCUAGGCAGUGAGGAGGCUGCUGUCAGUCAUGGCAAGAAGUGGUGGUGGCAUCAUUGGAUACAGAGGUAGAUGUGCAGGCCCAAGAAGGACCCUGAAGAGAGAACUAACAGGAUUCAGUGAGCACUGUUGAGGCAAAGGAGGAGGAGGAACCAGACUCCAGGUUUCUGCCUGGAUCACCUGGAUGGACAGUGAUCCAUCCAGUUGGAUCAUUUACUAAAAUGGAGAAUGGGGAGGAGUAGGUUUAGGGGGAAAAAUCAUCUAAAUUUGAUAUUCUACUUCAGUUUAAAAAAAAAAAAGAUUGGUUGAUUAAAUGAAAAUAAAACAGGGAUAAUUCCAUUCUAGAAACUCCCUUUCUUCAUGCCUCCUCAAUCCCAGUGUUUUCUACACUCACUUGUUGCCCCUUCCUUCUAGUUUUCUAAAGCACCCCAAUUCCUUUCUGAUCCGUGGGCACUCUAAUAACCAAACCCCAAGCAGAUCAGAACUGGGAGGACCACCAAGAGAACGCUGUCCUUGGCCACACCAUCUGCUCCCUCAGCAGUGGCCCUCUGGCCACCCCAUGCUUUGUCCAGGUCUCCUGACACUCCCUCCUCUGCAGAGGCUCUCUGCCAGGGGAGGAGCUGCUCCUAUGCUUGAGCUUCUCGGGGUAGAGUUUCCCCCCCACCGACCCCCGCAUCCUCCUAGUACCUAGAAAUUUGGUGUGUGCACAGCCUCUGCAGUCACACAGGGCCCCGUACUCAGAAGGACCUUGCCCUCGGUUUAAUGCACUUCUAUUGCAGUUUUGAAAUUCCUACUAUAUUUAACAAGAGGCCUCAUUUUCAUUUUGGACUGGGCCUUGCAAAUUCUGUAGCUGGUCCUGUCCAUGUGUCUGCAUUGUCAUGGUGCAAAACACUGAGUGGUAGCCUUUCCCAUCUGUGGGGAUGAACCUCUUUUCCAUCUAGGAAGACCCACUGUUUUAAAUCAGAGGGAAAUAAAGCAAAAAAGAGCUCACUUUGUUCUGUGAAAUACAGUUUUAUGUGCAGUUUUAUGUUUCUUCAUGGGUAAUAACUUAGGAGGGAACCUUGGGAAUAGAAUACAGAAGUAACAGAUUAUGGGCCAUUAACUGUGGUUAAUUGUUUCUUUAUAGCUUAGAGUGGAGGCACGUUUGGAUUGCUUUGGCACUCACAGUUAUAGGUAGGGAAGGCGGUCUACUUAAAUAUAACCUAAGGGGACUUCCCUGGUGGUCCAGUGGUUAAGAAUCUGCCUUCCAAUGCAGGGGACGUAGGUUCAAUCCCUGGUCGGGGAACUAAUAUCCCACAUGCUGCGGGGCAACUAAGCCCGUGUGCCGCGACUACUGAGCAUGUGAGCCACAACUAGAGAGGCCCAUGAGCCACAACAACAGAGCCUUGUGCCACAACUAGAGAGAAGCUUGCACGCCAUAACUAAGACCCGACACAGCCAAAAAUAAAAUAAAAAUAAAUAAAUAAAUAAAACCUAGGGCCCCUCAGGAGGUGGAGGGAGAGGCAGCUGAAUGAUGACCCCAACCUUGCUUCUGAAGCCAAAACUGCCAUCAAGGCCUCACCUCCAGUUUAAGUAUUUCUCUCACAAGCCUCAUUACUUUGCAUCUAUGGACCCCUUACCUGAGAUCCUCUCAGCUCUGCAGGUGUGGAGGUGGUCUACGUGCUGUCUGGGCAUCCUGCUGCAGCAGCCUUUGGGGUGUAACUCAUACUUGUCCCCAGUUAGUUGCUGUCAUCUGCCACUCAGGCUCCAAACAGCUGCAGAAGAUCCUUGCUCACUUUAGUAAACACCUGUUUUAAAAAAAAAAUUGAACUCAAAAAAUGUUUGGACUCCUUGCUAAAGAAAGGUGCAGAAAUGCUCCGCCGGCUAUCGUCAUAGGCUUUCCCGUCCUAAUGAGCUAAUGGAUGAAGCACUCAGACCGCUGAAUGAGAAGUCCUCCAGUGUCGUUCACCUACAGUAGUAACACCAAAGACUUCAAGCACAGCACACAGAAAAUAAAAUCCAUCCCCAAUUCCUUUUCUCAGAGACAUAGCCAAUAUCAAUCCAAACUGUUGAAGGCUUUUUGGAAUGUACUAGGUCAUCCCAUUUACACUGUUGAGCUGAUCAUAUAAUUCAGCUGUCCUGCCCUGGAAGCUUGGCUGACCUCCUUUGAUUCACAAAAUACAACUCAGAUUCCUUGGUCUGACUGACAUCAGCUGGCCUACCAGGCAUACUCAGCUAUUCUUGACCCCAUGGACUUUCUCCCCUUAACUCUUCUCACCUGUUUCCUCUCCCUCAACUUUCACAUUUCUGUUAUUGAGUGCCUGUCCUUGCUAGGUCUGGGGGACACAAAAGGAGGAAAACAGGCACAGUCCCUAGCCUGGGCUUUCAGUCUAGUGAAUCCAUGAAUUAUGCAAACCUUCAUAGCUAACGGUGAGGAGGACUGUGAAGGAAAGUGGUGGGGCUCUGAGCGCCCCAUCAGGGGUUUGGUCUAGUUUGGGCAUCAGGAAAGGUUUCCUUGAGCAGUGUGAUUUCUGUGGAAAGAGAGGUGGUAACUAGGCACCAACCAGGGUGCAGGGAGGCUGUGAGGAGGGCACACUCAAGGCCAGGUCAGCAGGGCAAUGGUCUCGGAAGCAAGGCCCUUUAGAGGGAAGCAUUGAAAGGCCAGUGGGGCUGGUGUGCAGGGGGUACAGGGGGAUGUGAGCUCGGGUCAGAUAAGCUGAGCCUGAGGUUGAAGAGUAAGGUCUUUGUCCUCAGAGCCGCGGGAAGCCUCUGAAGGAUUUUCAGUAGGGGGAACACCAGAGCUGUGUUUUGAAGAGCCUUCUGGAGGAGGUACAGGGCCAUCAUGCUCUGGGUGAGAAGGGAGCAGCAGUGCAAUAAAGAAAAGUGUCUGGGCUGCAGAGAGGGGAGAAGCACACAGGAAGGACAACAGUGUCACCUGCUGAGGGUAUGUGUGUCCCGGGGAAGUCGGGGGGUUAGUUCUGAAGAAGGCUCUCCAAAUGUCGUGCUCAGAGGGAAGUGUGGCCUGGGGUUGGACGUGUGAGAGUCGAGGCAGAGCGAUGGAACGGAAGAAGUGGAUGGGAAGGAGCUCCGCCCGAGAGAGAACAGGCGGCCAAGGACUGAGCUAAAAGGCCAGGGAGAAGAAAUGAGCUGCCAAAGGGGGCAGGAAGGAAAAGAAAAAGGAAAACGAAGGCAACAUGGUGCCAAACAAUAGGGAAGAAAGUAUUUCAGGAAGCACCAGCCCUGAAGGAUAAAUAAAAGACAGCCCCACUGAGAGAAGGGGAAAAGAAGGGUAGAGAGAAGAAGAAGCUCACAGUCCAGAAGGCAGAGCCCUGAGUUCUGGCAGCUGGAGCUCGGAUGCAGGCGGAACUGGAAGGGGGAGAGCAGGCGUGAAGGCAGGUGGAUCAAGAGGGGCCUCAGUAAGGAAUUCGGACACAAUCCUGAGGGUCAGCGGAGAGUUUGGUUUUGCCUGCCUUUUUAAUUAGAAACAAAACGCAUGCUCCUUGUAAAUAAAACAAGACGACCACCCGCCACCAAAACGAACUCUAGCAACAAAGAAAUGUAUAUGUUAACAAGUGAAAGUUCCUCUGCCAAAUCCCCCCUCCUCAGCUAGCACAUUGGUGUUAUCAUUCCAGACCUCUUCCUGCCACUCACAAACUUCAUUAGUUUUGUGAAAACAGGAUUAUGCUACCUAUAAUUUCGGCAACUUCCCUUACUGAAUUAGCAGUAAUCUUGAAUUUCCUUCUGGGUGAUUACACGCAGAUGUGCCCACCGGUUUGAAUGGCUGUAUGGUCCUCCACAGCCCAGAUAUACUUGUAUCCUAGGAUGCUGAUUUAUUUUCUUGAACCUAAAAUGGCUACUGAGAUGCCUAAGGAGAGGAGUAUUUCCUAAGGGACUAAGUCCCAGUCUGGUUCUGCCAUUAAGUACCUAGCUCUGGGGAGGGCACGGCCCCUACUGGGCCUCAGUUUCCUCAUCCACUGUGUGCCAGGCACUAUUAUCUCAUAAAACACGAGUGUUAAUAUUUCUCAUCGAUGAAGGGCUUUACGUAAUGUAAUGAUCAGAUUUGUGCUUCAUAAAGAUCACUCGGGCUGCAGUAUGAAAAAUUAUUUGCUCUUUCUUUUCAUCCAUAUUUGUAAAAAAAAAAAAACCUUACCAAUCUUUCAAGGUCUAGUUCAGAUUUUCCCUCUUCCAGAAGUUCCCUCUCCAUCAUGCCCUACCUCCUCUUAACUGGAAUUCUCCUCUACCUGGUUCUCCCCCUAAAACAUAAAACCCCUUGAAAUUGAGAAUCAUAUUUUUCAUCCUCACAUGCUCCACAGGAAUAGGUCUAUAUGAGGACUUAAUAAAUCUCUGCAGAAUUGUCCAUGCACUAAAAAAAUCAUUUUGGUGGGACAAAAGAAGGAAUAAAUGAGCCACUCAAUACUUGUUUGGGACUCAAGCCUUCGUUUGAUAAAGAGUUUAUCCACAAGCCUCAAGAUGUGUAUGAUUAAGCACUGCAGGAGGUAUUUUCCUGGCUCUGAAAGGUUCUGACCUGCCCUGCCUGGAGUGCUGAUGUUAAAUAAGACUGUCUGGGAAAGAGGUACUAAGGCCAGCCUGGUUUAUGGUCACAGGGCUUUAAUAAUAUCCUGCAACUCUGAAGCCUGAGAGCUUCUUUUUCACCUUGUACAAUACAUUGAGAGCUUUGCCUUCACUGGACUAUUGCUAUAUAGGAAUGAGUGACAGUGACUUGCUUUUUCUUUUCUUUUGAAAGUUUUGCCCAUUAAAUACAUUUUUCUUAGAUCCAUGCAGUUUAGAAUUAUGGAAAUAAAAAGCUUAUAUUGAACACCUAUUCUGUGCUUGAAGAUCAGUUCUUCUGUUUCAUAAUUUAAAAUAACUCAGUAUAAAAACAGAAAUAAACAAACAGGACCUAAUCAAAUUUACAAGCUUUUGCACACCAAAGGAAAACCAUAAACAAAACGAAAAGACAACCCAAUAAAUGGAAGAAAAUAUUUGCAAAUGAAGCAACCAACAAGGGAUUAAUCUCCAAAAUACACAAACAGCUCAUGCAGCUCAAUAUCAAAAAAACAAACAACCCAAUCAAAAAAUGGGCAGAAGAUCUAAAUAGAGAUUUCUCCAAAGAAGAUGGCCAAGAGGCACAUGAAAAGAUGCUCAACAUCACUAAUUAUUAGAGAAAUGCAAAUCAAAAUUAUAAUGAGGUACCACCUCACACUAGUCAGAAUGGCCAUGAUUUAAAAGUCUACAAAUAAGAAAUGCUGGAGAGGGUGUAGAGAAAAGGGAACUCUCUUACACUGUUGGUGGGAAUGUAAACUGGUACAGCCACUAUAGAGAACAGUAUGACGGUUCCUUAAAAAAUUGAAAAGAGUUGCCAUAUGAUCUAGCAGUCCCACUCCUGGGCGUAUAUCUGAAGAAAAACGUAAUUCGAAAAGAUACAUGCACUCCAAUGUUCAUUGCAGCAGUAUGUACAAUAGCCAAUACAUGGAAGCAACCUAAAUGUCCAUCAACAGAGGAAUGGAUAAAGAAGAUGUACAUAUAUACAAUGGAAUAUUACUCAGCCAUAAGAAAGAGUGAAAUGCCAUUUGCAGCAACAUGGAUGAACCUAGAGAUUAUCAUACUAAGUGAAGUCAGACAGAGAAAGACAAAUAUCCUAUGAUAUCACUUAUGCGUGGGAUCUAAAAAAAUGAUACAAAUGAACUUAUUUACAAAACAGAAACUUAUUCACAGACUUCAAAAACAAACUUAUGGUUACCAAAGGGGAAAGGUGGGGAGAGGAAUAAAUUAGGAGUUUGGGAUUAACAUAUACACACUAUUAUAUGUAAAAUAAUCAACAAGAACCUAUUGUAUAGCACAGGGAACUCUACUCAAUAAUGUGUAAUAACCUGUAUGGGAAAAGAAUCUGAAAAAGAAUGGAUAUAUGCAUAGCUGAAUCACUUUGUACACCUGAAACUAACACAAUAUUGUAAAUCAGCUAUACUCUAAUAUAAAAUAAAAAGUAAAUUUAAAAAAUAACUUAUAGAUAAAAAGUCAUUUACACAAAAUAUCUUAUCAUCUAAGGAAAGGCUGGAAAUUUUCUGUGACUUCUAGAGAGUCUAUAACCAAGAACAAUAAGCCCAAGUAAUCCAGAGAUUUCUGGAUUUAAUUUAAAAAAGAAUUUCACUGGGUGUAAGUUAAAAAUUAUUCUGAAAACAGGUACCUGUCUCCGGGAGUGUGGUGGGGUCAGGUAUUCACUGAGAAGGACCACAAGAAAAACUCUGGAGUGAUAGUCAUAUUUUACAAUUCUAUAUGGGAAACACAUGUGAACAUAUUUGUCAGAACUAACCAAAUGCUGUACUUACAAUUUGUCCACUUCACUGUACAUGAAUUUUUUUAAAUGAAAGCAGCCUUUGUCUUCUAGAGAGCUCAUUCUUCUGACAGGACUUAUUUUUUUUAAGAUAAUUUUUUUUAGAGCAGUUUUUUCUUUUGUUUUUAAUUAAUUUAUUUAUUUUUGGCUGCAUUGGGUCUUCGUUGCUGUAUGCUGGCUUUUUCUAGUUGCAGUGAGUGGGGGCGACUCUUCCUUGCAGUGCACGGGCUUCUCAUUGUGGUGGCUUCUCUUGUUGUGGAGCACAGGCUCUAGGUGCGCGGGCUUCAGUAGUUGUGGUGCGUCGGCUCAGUAGUUGUGGUGUGUGGUCUCCAGGGCGCGUGGGCUCAGUAGUUGUGGCUCGUCGGCUCUAGAGCACAGGCUCAAUAGUUGUGGCUUACAGGUUUAGCUGCUCUGCAGCCUGUGGGAUCUUCCUGGACCAGGUAUCGAACCCAUGUUCCCUGCAUUGGCAGGUGGAUUCUUACCCACUGUGCCACCAGGGAAGUCCCUAGAGCAGUUUUAGGUUCACAGCAAAAUUGAGAAGAACUGACAGAGAUUUCCCAUAUAUUCCCUACCCCCACAUAUGCUCAGCCUGCCCCAUUAUCAACAUCACUCACUAGAGUAGUACAUUUGUUAUAACUGAUGAACCUACAUUGACAUAUCAUAAUUGCCCAAAGUCUGUGGUUUACAUUAGGGUUUACUUUUGGUUUUGUAUAUUCUAUGGGUUUGGGCAAAUAUAUAAUAACAUACCAGGAUUGUAGUAUCAUACAGAACAGUUUCACCAUGCUAAAAAUCCUCCGUGCUUUGCCUAUUCAUCCUUCCCUCCCCUCUAACCUCUGGCAACCACUAAUCUUUUUACUAUCUCCAUAGCUUUGCGUUUUCCAGAAUGUCAUACUGUUGGAAUCAUACCGUAUGUAGCCUUUUCAGACUGGCUUCUUUCACUUAGUAAUAUGCAUUUAAGUUUCCUUCAUUUUUUUUUUCAUGGCUUGAAAUGCAUUUCUUUUUAGUGCUGAAAAAUAAUCCAUUGUCUGCAGGUACCACAGUUCAUUUAUCCAUUCAUCUCCUGAAGGGCAUCUUGGUUGCUUCCAAGUUUUGGCAAUUAUGAAUAAAGCUGCUAUAAACAUACUUGUGCAGGUUUUUAUGUGGACAUAGUUUUCAGUGCCUUUGGGUAAACCAUAUACAAAGUUUACCUGAAAAAAAAAACAACCCUCUACACAAACAUUAAAUUCUAGUUAAACGUAUGCAUGCUGAAGCAUUGAGGAGUGUAGUGUAUUUAUGUCUGCAACUUACUUUGAAAUGCAUAAAAAAUCAUUUAUGGAUGGAUAGAGGGAUGGAUAGACAUAUAUGAUAAAGCAAUAUAGUAAAAUGUAAAUUGUAAAAUCUAGAUGAUGAGUAUAUUGGUUUUUACCAUAAAAUUCUUUCAACUCUCUUGUAUGUUUGAAAUUUUUCAUUAAAAAAUGUUGGAAAAAAUUGUUCUGAAGCGUAUGUCUUACGCUCAUAUUAGAUGCAUCUCAGAAAGCCAGCCAGUACCUACAGUCAUCUGGCUGUACCCAGCAGCUCUAAACUAUAACUAAAGACACACUAAGAAGGCAAAAGAGUGCCAUGUCAAGGUCCUUAAGGCAGUCCUGCCUCUGGAAAGGACAGUGAUGUGAACUGGUGUGAGACAGCUGAGGUUACUAAGUCACUAACCAAGGUGCUUCCUAUACAGUCAUAGGGGUGACCUGUGAGUUGAGAGAUGAAACGAAAACUAAUUCUUGCAGCAACUUAUGAUGAUAAUUAUGCUAAGAGGGUGGAUAAUGAUCAAAGUCAGCCCCUGUCAUGCUCAUGUGUCCUAUUGUUAACAUCUACCUGCUUGCUGGAAUAUAGCCUCCACUACAGAGAGGACAAGGGCCAAGAGGAAGAGAAGUCUUCAUCUCCAAACUUAUUGGCCCUGGAAAAUGUAGGGGAGGCAGGGGUAGAACUGUGGAAAAUGAAAGAGAUACUAAGGAAUCUGUGUAAUAAAAUAGCUAACAUGAACCCCAUUCUAAACUUGAAUAUUACAUUUCUCUUCUAGCAACAUGCUAAAAAGGCAGCAAAGGAGGGUGGGUCAGAGCAGCAGUUCCCAAAGUAUAAUAUGGGGUACUCUAGGGUCUCUGAGACUUCCAGAGAAUCAUGAGGUUAAAACUAUUUUUAUAAGUUUCAUUUGUCUUUUCAUUUGCCUUCUCCUGUAAGUGUACAGUAGAGUUUCCAAAGGCUGCAAAACAUGAUAUUUUAACACAUUAAAUGCAGAAGCAGGUUUGAGAAUCCAGCUGUCUUUUUUCCAGCUGUCUUAUUUUAGUCAGACGUUAAAGAAAUUUGCAAAAAUGUAAAACAAUGCCACUCCUCUAAUUUUUUGUUUUAGAAAAUAGUUAUUUUUCAUAAAGACAUUAUGUAUGUUAAUGUGUGGUAAGUUUUUUUUUAUUUAAAAAUGAGUUAAUACCUUAAAAUUUCACAAUUUCAAUUUCUAAUAUAAAAUUUGAUAGAUAUAACUCACAUAAACAAAGGCUCUUUGGAGGUCCUUUUUAUUUAAAGUUUUACUGAUGUAUAAUUUACAUACAGUACACAAAUCUUAAACAUUCAGCUCAAUUCAUUUUUACAUAUGUAUACACCAUGUAACCUCCACCACAUUCAAGUUAUAGGCCAUUUCCAUCAUCAUGGAAGGACUCACCAAUCCACCAGAGGUCACCAUUAUUCUGAUUUCUGUCAUCAUAGAUUAGUUUUGCUUGUUCUUAACUUCAUAUGAAUGGAAUCUUAAUAUGUAUACUUUUGUGCCUGGCUUUUUUCUCUCAGCAUAGCGUUCUUGAGAUUCAUACAUGUCAUUCUGUGUAUUAAUAGUCUGUUCAUUUUUAUUAUUGCCAGUAAUAUUCCAUUGUACAACUAUAUCACAUAUUGUUUUCUUUUCCUGUUGACAGACAUUUGGAUUUUGUCCAGUUUUUGACUAUUAUGAAUAAAGCUGCUAUGAACAUUCUUGUACAAGUCUUUGGUGGCCAUAUGAAUUAAUUUUUCUUGAGCAUAUGCCUGGAUGUGGAAUUGUUGGGUUCCACAGUAGGUCUAUGUUUGGCUUUAUUAGAAGCUGCCAAAUCAUAAUGGAUGAGAAUUUCAGUUACUCCACAUCCUCAGCAACACUUGAUAAUGAAAGUUUAAAAUUUUUUUAUCCAUUCUGCUAAUUGUGUUAUUAUGGUUUUAAUUUGCAUUUCUUUGAUAUUAUUCUGAGUUCCUUUUAAUACAUUAAUUGGUCAUUUGAAUAUCCUCUUUCAUGAAAUGCUUGUUCAAAUCUUUUGUUCGUUUUAAAAAGAUAAAUACUAUAUCACUUAUAUGUGGAAUCCAAAAAAUGAUACAAAUGAACUUCUUUACAAAACAGAAAUAGACUCGCAGACAUAGAAAACAAACUUAUGGUUACCAAAGGGGAUAGCAAGGGGUGGGGAGAGAUAAAUUAGGAGUUUGGGAUUAACAGAUACACAUUACUAUAUAUAAAAUAGAUAAACAACAAGGACCUACUGUACAGCAUAGCGAAGAUUAAUCAAUAUCUUAAAAUAACCUAUAAUGGGAAAGAAUCUAAAAAAGGAUAUAUGUGUGUAUAUGUAUAUAUGUAUGUACAUACAUACACACACACACAGAUAACUGAAUCACUUUGCUGUAUACCUGAAAUACAACAAUGUAAAUUAACUAUACUUAAAUUUUAAAAAAACCUUAAAAAAAACCUCUACCUCAAACCCUAAAGAAAAAAAAAGAUGAAUAGGAAAAAAAAUUAUCUUUAGCUUAUUGAUUUGUAGAAGUUCUUUGUAUAUUCUAUAUAUGAAUUCUUUAUCAUUCUAUAGCUAGCCUAUUUACUUUUUUUUUUUUUUUUGCGCGGUAUGCGGGCCUCUCUCACUGUUGUGGCCUCUCCCGUUGCGAAGGAGCACAGGCUCCGGAUGCGCAGGCUCAGCAGCCAUGGCUCACGGGCCUAGCCGCUCUGCGGCAUGUGGGAUCUUCCCGGACCGGGGCAUGAACCCGUGUCCCCUGCAUCAGCAGGCAGACUCUCAACCACUGCGCCACCAGGGAAGCCCCUAUUUACUUUCUUAAUGAUGCGUUUUGAUGAUCAGAUGUUCUAAUUUAAGUCAAAUUUAUCAAUCUCUCUUAUUUGGUUUAGUGUAUUUUGUGAUCUGAUUAAAAACUUUAUUUACCACAAUACCAGGAAAAUAUUCUCCUAUGCUUUUAUUUGGAAGUUUGAUUGUUUUAUCUUUUGAUUUUAGGUCUAUGAUAUACUUAACAAAUUUUUGUGUUUGAGUUAAAGGUCAGGCUUUACUUUUCUCCAUACACACAAUUAGUUGUUCCAAAAUCAUUCCCCCAUGUAAUUACAGUGGCACCUUUGAUGUAAAUCAAGAAAACAUACAUCUGUGGGUCUAUUUACGGAUUCUUUGUUCUGUUCCAGUGGUAUAUUUAUCUAUCCUUGCUCCAAAAGUACUCUGUGUUAAUUACGGUAGUUUUGUAGUAAAUGUUGAAAUAUGCUGGUUAAGUCUUCCAACUUUGAGAACCAGUCAUUUUUUUAUUAAAAAUUGUUUUCUUUAUCAAGAUUUCUUAGAUAUUCUAGGGCCUUUGUAUGUCCGUAUACAUUUUGGCUCAGUCAUUUUUUCAGAAUAUAAGGGGGUCCUGAGACCAAAAACUCUGAGAGCUGCUAACUGAAAGUAUGGGCUCAAAUGCUGGAAGCCCAGGAUCAAAUCUCAGUUUUUGCCAUCUAUUAGUUGUGGGAACUUGGCAAAGAAUUUAAUCUUUCCAUGUCUCUGUUUCCUCAUCUGUAAGUUGGGACAACAAUAGUAUCUAUAACAUAGGGUUGUGUCCAUCAAAUGUUAAACAUUAUGCGAAUGUUUUGUGUUUGUUAAAAUAAAUGGGGCAGGUACACUGAAUUUUUUUUUAAAAAAAGAGUAUGAAAUCGAAGAAAAAACCUAAAGAAUCAGAAGGAAAUAUGUAACCUUUUGACAAUCUCAGUGUACUUAGAAUCCAGUCGUAUCAGCUUCAUAUAAAAAUAAAAAUAUACAAAACAACUGUACAAAAUCUAUGGGAUGCAGCAAAAGCAGUUCUUGGAGGUAAGUUCAUAGUGAUACAGGCCUUCCUCAAAAAAACCAAGAAAAAUCUCAAAUAAACAACCUAACCUACCACCUAAAAGAAUUAGAAAAAGAAGAACAAACAAAACCUAAAGUCAGCAGAAGAAAGGAAAUAGUAAAGAUCAGAGAGAAAUAAAUAAAAGAGAUUAAAAAGCAACAGAAAAAUCAAUAAAACCAAGAGCUGGUUCUUCAAAAGGGUAAACAAAAUUGACAAACCUCUGGGUAGGCUCACCAAGAAGAAAAGAGAGGACCCAAAUAAAAUAAGAAAUGAAAGAGGAGAAAUAAUAAAGAAUACUAUAGACAUAAAAAAAAAUAAGAGAAUACUAUGAACAAUUAUAUGCCAACAAAUUGGACAACCUAGAAGAAAUGGACAAGUUUCUAGAAACAUACAGCCCACCAAAACUGAAUCAAGAAACAGAAAAUUUGAAUAGACUGAUCACUAGAAGUGAAAUAGAAUCUGUAAUUUAAAAAAACAAAAACAAAAAAACAAACUCCCUACAAACAAAAGUCCAGGACCAGAUGGCUUCACUGGGGAAUUCUUCCAAACAUAUGAAUAAGAACUUAUACUGAUCCUUCUCAAACUCUUCCAAAAGACUGAAGAGGAGGGAAUACUCCCAAAGUCAUUCUAUGAAGCCACUAUCACCCUGAUACCAAAACCAGACAAACACCAAAAAAGAAAAUUACAGGCCAAUAUCAGCAAAUCUGUAUCUGUAUUGAUGACUAUAUUAAUCUAUUAUCUAUGAAUAUAUUGAUCUAUAGCUAUAUACUGAUAUCUAUAUUUGAUAAAUAUAGAUGCAAAAAUUCUCAACAAAAUAUUAGUAAACGGAAUCUGACAACACAUGAAAAAGGAUCAUACACCACAAUCAAGUUGGAUUCAUCCCAGGGUCACAAGGAUGGUAAAACAUACACAAAUCAAUCUAUGUGAUACACCACAUCAACAAAAGAGAAAACAAAAACCACAUGGUGAUCUCAACAGAUACAGGAAAAGCAUUUGAUAAAAUUUAACAUCCAUUAUGAUAAAAACUCUUACCAAAGUGGGUAUAGAGGGAACAUAACAUGAUGAAAGCUAUUUAUGACAAACCCAUAGCCAACAUAAAACUCAAUGGUAAAAAGCUGAAAGAAAGCCUUCCCACUAAAAUUUGGAACAAGACAAGGAUGCCCACUCACCACUUCUUUUCAACAUGGUAUUGGAAGUCCUAGCCACAGCAACCAGACAAGAAAAAGAAAUAAAAGGUAUCCAAAUUGGAAGAGAAGAGGUAAAAUUGUCCUUAUAUGCAGAUGACAUGAUAGUAUAUAUAGGAAACCAUACAGACUCCACACAAAAACUACUAAAACUGAUUAAAAAAAAUUCAGCAAGGUAGCAGAAUACAAGAUUAACAUACAGAAACCUGUUGCAUUUCUUUACACUAACAAUGCAAUAUCAGAAAGUAAAAAAAAAAAAAAAAAAAAA